AUGGACAUAUCCGACUUGUGUACUUCUCCCACUACCGAGGAACACGAUUCACCACAUAGCCAACAGCAGCGGCAGCAGCAACAGCAGCAGCAGCAGCUUGACAACCACAGUCCUCAUGCUUCACCGAUCUUGAGUCAACACUUGCCAGCACCACAUACAUCAUCAUCGUCAUCAUCACAUGACCCAUUUGAUUCCUUAAACACGUCUUUUUCAAGAUAUCCAUCUGAUAUUGGCGGUAGUCGAAGUACAGGAACGACACAGCAGCAGCAUCCAUCAACGAAUAAUAAUCCAGGAUCAUCACCCUAUGCAAGGUCAUCCGGUAUGAAGGAUGUGAUUGAACAAUGUGAAGUGCUAUGCAACACGCUGGACAUGUUUCGCAAUCGAGAUCCAAGGGCUCGUUCCAAAUCCGACAUCGACAUUGUUUCACAGACUGCGGGGCGCUUACUCUCAUCCUUGCUAUCCCUUCAGGGUCAAACGACAUCAUGUGCACCUUCCUCCCCAUCAACUACCACUGACAUUAACAAGGAGGUGACCCGUCGUUCGUCCAUUCCUCUCUUUCAGGUUAGACAGCAUCAUCAAGACCCCGCCUUGAAACAUCCUAGUACUAGCUCUUCUUCCUCAACCACAAACACUAGACGUCGUGCGAAACGAAGCAUGGCAGGAAGACGAUGUCACUCAUGCCACACCACCGAAACACCCGAAUGGAGACGAGGACCCGAUGGAGCAAGAACCUUGUGUAAUGCUUGUGGUUUACAUUAUGCAAAACUUGUAAGAAACGGGUCGCUUGGUCAUACGCAAACAACCGAUCAACAGCAACACUUGCCUCAGGAUAGUGCUUCCCAGAGCCAAUACAGUGGUUUUCCACCUCCACCUCCUCCAACGCUUAGCAACACCAGUCAUCAUCAUCAUCAUCGCAUCCCUGUUGCAUCUCCUUUUCCUAGCAGCAACAAUAACUACGCAUAUGGGCCAAGGGAAAAUGAUCAGCAUCCACCGCCGUGUAUUCCCGAUGAGGGGUCAACGAGGCACCAAAGCAGCAGCAGCAGCAGCGGCAGCAUGACUUUGCACACCAUGAUGGAUGAAGAGAUAGGGCGUCGUGACCAGUAA